UCUCUCAGUGGCAGCAGCUCAGGAGGCAGCUGUAUGCACGUCUGCAUCACCACUGCUACAGGUAAAGACGGCUGCAUCAUUUGAUGCAGCAAACUCCAAAAGGAGGAGAGGGUUGGUUGAUUGGGGAAGCGUGUGCCUCUGUGGUUGCAAGUCUUCACUCCGGAGUGGGGUGCACAUUUUUAAUCAUCUCUGAAAAAAAUGUAAAAAAAAGCUUCCAGGACUGAAGAACGGGCAGAGGAGCUCAGCUACCAGACCAACCGGCGGACUGAAAAGCGUGCAGGCUAUCAGGAACUAAAAGGGACAAUACCAACCAGCACUAUCCUUGGAUUUUUUUUCAACACUAUCCUAUCCUGAUGGUCUUACUUUUUUUCUGAUCUUUCCUUAAAUUUUUUUUCUAUCAACUCCCUGGCUCCUCAUCAACACCUCCUCUCACAUUUUAUCCCCUCUGUGGCGGAAUGUUCCUUGCAAAGACAUGACAAGAGUCUUCCUGAUGGCUUUGCUGCGGCAUUAACAAAUGGUACCCUGAGACGGCAAGAGAGCUGAGCGGACAGCUUGGGGGAAAUCUGAUCCACAGCCAGCCAGAGAACGAGCAGGAUCACUCCAUGCAGAUUUAUCCGCCCUGCUAUCCUGCGUGACAACACCCCCCUUUUUUUUUUCCUACCUCACCCUCUUGUCCUUCCUUGAAGUAUCUUUUUUAGCACUUUUGGGCAAAUAACUUGAUUUUUGGAUUUCAUGGCAAAGUGGGUUUAGAUCAUACAAAUACAUAAAGAGAUACAAGGAAGACACUUGCAGAAAGUCUACCGGUGGCUAGAGGCAUUAAGUAAUCGUCAGAGAGUGUUUUGCCGACUCGUAAUUUAUAUUUUUUGGUCUCCGUUCCAGGAAGAGAUUUCGAAGGGAAGGGUGACUUGACUAAAGGUGUUGUGUCAGAUCCCGCAUUAGGAAGCAUCCUUUCAGAGCUCUGAAGAUUGGGAAAGAGACUGGACCCACCCUUCAAGUUUCCCUGUCCCAUUGUGGAUUUGUACUCGGAUUGCUACAUGUUCACAUCACGUCCAAGCUGUGGAUUUCUGCUGCACUGGCAUCCAAACAUUGAUGGCACUGAUUUCUAACAGAUGUGAAGACGUUUCAUCCCACACACUUUCCUGCUAAAGGCAUCUCUUUUUUUUUUUUUUCCCUCUUCUCUUGCUUGAUUUCACAGUGAACAUUUUUGAAGCUUCCUUUUGGCGAUUGACAGUUGGCCAGGAAUAAGCAUCAACUAAUUUGGUAGUUUCUACAAAACCUCUCCUGUAUCUGACUGGGUGUCUCUGAGUGUGAGUGUGGGUACUUGUGCUUUCCUGACUGCAUGACUGCAUGUAUCUUCUUUACCCCUGCCUUUCUUCGUAUCUUUCGGAUACAUAUUCAUAUAGUUACUAUUGUUGCUACUUUGUCCGCCUCUACAUUCCUAUCAUCUUUUCAAAGUCUGGCAUUGUCAAGAACCUUUUUGCAAUGUGCUAUCAAUGCCUAUUGCAAGGUUAACCCUCGAUGAGCCAUAAAGGACUGCAAGGCAGGAUGAGUGAGAGCUCCGGAGCUGCUGUAUCUGGGGCAGUGAUCCUGGAAGAACCUGAAGGUUCGGGAGCUACCGGGGGCCGUGGAGAAGCCCAGGCUCAGGAUCAGGGUCCUUUUCGGUGUGCUGUGUGGCCUCGCCAACAGACAUGGCUGUGCGUGGUCCCUUUACUUAUUGGUUUCAUUGGCCUUGGAUUGAGCUUAAUGCUCCUGAAAUGGAUUGUUGUGGGUACAGUGCGGGAUUAUGUGCCAACCGACCUGGUGGAUGCUAAUCGAAUAGGCCAAGAUCCCAUCUUUCUCUCCAAGCCAAGCGGGAUUCCUAAAGGUCCUGAUACUACCACCACUACAACUACUCCCACAGUGGAUGGUGGAAACCCCACACCUAGAACCGUAACUGUGGCGAAAGGCAGAACUCGCACUGUUGCUUCGACCACAACUAUAAACCCCAGAGGAGGCGGAGCCUCUGGAAGUCAGGUGACACCUCGAAACCCUGGAAAUCGUAAUGGACGUAUACCUUCAGUCUUUACUACGACCACUGCAGCACCACGGACAACCUUUGUAAUUGGAGCAGCAACUACUAGCUCAUCUCCUGUGAAUCCGACAGUUCUUCGUGACUCUACGCAAAUGUGGACUACGGAACAUACUACUACAGAGGAGGCCUCUACCACAUUGACCACGCAUACACAUAGCCAACGCAAAACACCAUCCCCAACUGUGCCUCCGCUUCACUCGGAGCAUUUCAAACCCUGUCAUGAGAAGGACUUGGCCUACUGCCUCAAUGGUGGAGAAUGCUUUGUCAUCGAGACACUCAGUGGCCCCCACAAGCACUGCAAGUGUCGCGAAGGUUACCAAGGAAUCCGGUGUGACCAGUUCCUGCCCAAGACAGACUCCAUCCUGUCAGACCCCAACCACUUGGGCAUUGAGUUCAUGGAGAGCAAAGCUGUGUACAAGAGACAGGUGCUGUCAAUCACGUCCAUCGCCAUGGCAAUCAGUCUUCUGGGAACAAUGUGCAUGGCACUCUACUGCCGCAACAAGAGGCGCAGGGAGAAGCUCCAGGCCCACCUGAAGGAAAGUCGCAGUUUGAAAAGCUACACGGCUAAUCCCAUCAAUCUUCUUGAAGCCAAGAUGAGGGUUCCAAACACCAACCUGCAAAUGCAUGAGUACUGCAAGCGUCCCCCCACGUCUCGCCAGGGAAGUGUGUGUGAGUCCAGCUUUGUCCCCGGCCUGCAGCCCAGCGGCUCCAGAGGCGCAGCCAGACAUCACCGAAGCGGCUCCUUGUCCCACAGCCCUGAGCAGAGAACCCGCUCGGCUCACUGGUCAACUUCUCGCAGAACGCCUCCUAUAGCCAGAGGACGGCUAAACCCAAUCGGAGGAUCCAAGUUUUCAGGCCCUGCCUAUGAACACCUUCAGGAAGUAGACCCAUCUGAAAAGGAAACAGAAGCACAAAAAAGGGUCCACUCCCAGGAGGAGAGCCUGGGCUGCGACACCAAACAAGAUGCCUUUGUACAUAUGCAAACUCCCGUUUCCAUGGACACACAGUCGUCGGCGCUGCCUUGGUGCGGCGGCGCGCAGGUGCUCUCCGCUCCGCAGAGCAGCCGCAGCCUGAGGAGGCCCGGCCGCCGCCGCCACAGCCUGUCCCCGUCUCCGCCUCCGUUUCGCUCCUGCUCCAUACCCAUCAUUCCUUCCGUUCAGGGUCACCAUGACAACGAGGUGUCCUGUAUGCAAACCAGCCCGGAAACCAUCGAGAUGUCAACAACCUGCGAGGAGGAGAGGAGGGACCGGGCGGCGCGCGCCCGGCCCUCCUCGUCCUCGUCCUUGUCCGUCGGGCGGCGGCAGGAGGCGGCGGCUCUGCUUCUGGGGGAGGCGCAGGAGCAGCUCAGAGCACUGGCUCUCGCCCACAGGGAGCAGGAAGAGGCCGGGAGCGGCUCAGCAGCAGCCACGCCGGCGGAGCCUCGAGAAACUGUUUGUUUCCUGAACCUUAGCGGCGGAAGCGCAGCGGGACUCGGCUGCGGCGGACCAACGCAGACCCAGCUGCUAUCGCACAGAGACCCGGUCCAAUGAGAACGCUCCGUUUCCGGGACACGCCCCUUUUUUGUUUUUGGUUUGAUACUGUUGGCAGACCUGGUGUUCUGUAUCUUGUAAGAUGUGAAUGGAAAAUGUCAACUUGAAAAAAAAAAAAAAACAUCACGGAAAAUCCUAUUAAUAUGCAUACUGUAUGGAUACAAGUGUACAAACACUCAGAGUGGCCAACUUUCCACUGACUGACCAUAUGGACAAGAGAAAACAAUACCUUCAAGCUUUCAUCAACAAAACACUUCUACUUAGACGAAAAGAAACCAAAUAGUCUGUCAAACCAUGAUGUUUUUAACUGUAAAAAGAAUAUAUAAAUAUAUACAUAAAUAUAUAUGAAAAUAAAUAUAUGGAAUUUAAAAGGAGACCGAGUACAAAGUUGAAGAACACAGGAAUGAUAUUUUGGUUCAGUCUUUAUUUCUCCACCCUUUGUUUUGUAUCUAGUCACACAUUUGGUAACAAACAGCUUCGUUGUUGUUACGCCGCACGUCCAGGAUCCAAGAAUCUCCUCUAUGAUCUCUUCCCCUCUGCCUUUUAAAAAAAACUGUGACCCAGCCAAGAAUUACACUACUGCCCUCUGUGGUUUCCAACAUUUUUCAGGAUUUACGGCACAAGAGAAAAACACAAAGGGAAAAGGGGAGCUAAGUCAACUUCCUGAGGGGGGAGGAUUACAACUAACGUUUCUUUUCUCUGUUUUUGUUACAAAGGAUAUUUUCACACAGAGGCGCACACACACCCACUUAUUUGUGAAUCAUUUACUUUGUUGGCUGGGUGUUUCACAAUGAAAAGAACUGAAGGUGAAACGGACAGAUCACAGGAGUUAAUCUGAUAUUUUUUUAGUUUGUUGUCCAUUUUUAGUUACUAAUGAACAAUGCUGCUUUUCUGGGGUGAUGGGGAAUGAACCAUGUCGUUUUGGUAUUGAAACAAGAAAUAAAUGUCUCUAUGUUGUAUCCUAAUGUAUGAAUUGGAAGCAUUUGUAUUUCUGUAAGAAGUCACAGCCCAAUGUUUCUGGUGUCAAAAAAAAUGGUUGCAGUUCUGGUAAAGAUUUUUCAAAAUAUUAGUUGGUUGGUUGAUUGAUUGUGACGAAUCUCCACAACAGUGAUGGAUUCAAUAUCUCCAGUUAAACUAAUCAUAUUUUUCAACCGCAGUUCAGAGAAAAACAACACAACUCUUACUACAAAUUUAAGGUUUUUCCAUUUUGUCAUCUUAGGACCAAAACUUUCAAAACAUUUAGUUGGUAUUAUUUAGGUAUUAUUAAUGAGUCCAAUACUAUGAUGUGAAAGAAACUGAUGAUACUAACAUUUACUUCACAUUUUCAGUGCAACAUUUUUACACUUAAAAACCAACAACUAUUAUACUCAACUAAGUGUAGAUACUACAUUCAUUUUCUGACAUGAUGUCAUUAAAAUGUCAGAUUUAACUGAUUAUACAUCUCCCAAAAAGUUCCCUUUUAUCUCAUCAAUGAACAGAAAAUUUGCCAAUAAGUGCUGAAUAAUGUUCCUAGUAAUAAGAUGUUGUUGCCUUGGAAGUAUCGCAGUGAUUUCCACCCAGUUUUUCCUUAUUGUACAAUCAUAAACAAUGAGGGUUCUCCAUGCGUCCCUUGUUCUCUUUAAAGAAAUCAGAAAAGCCUUAAUUAAAAUGGGUUUGUUACCCUAUCCAGAUGGACUGAUGAUGUCAGUGAUCUUGUUUCCGUCAAUGAUUUUAUUUGUAUUUUGUGGUAUCUCAUUAGAACAGGUUGAUGGCAAUGGUACAUUCAAAAUAACUAAAAGUUUUAUGCUGGGUUGAGGUUAAAUUCUGACAUAGUACAUGUCUUACCAGAGGCACAGACCGCAGUCCAAACCUUCAGCUUCCCGGGGGAGAACUCUCCAUUUUUCUGAGAUGUGUGAUACAUGCUAGUUUCCAACUUCUCCAUCUUGUUUAUUGCAGCCAUGUGUAACAUCAGCAUUUGAUGAAAUUACUCUUUGUGUCGCCAAAUCAGUAGGUGGAAACACCUCUAAUUCGCUUUUUCUAUUUAUUACUUUUUAUUGGGUCUUUUUUUUUUCAUUUGAAAAUUUCGGUCAAAAUGGCCAUUGGAUGGAGAAACAGCUGGUGAUUUUGUUCAUCAUUCCUUUAAAUGGCAUCAUGUCGUGUUGCGUCCAAAGAUCUUUCAGCAUAUGUUGUGUUUUAAGACAGUUUCCCUUUCAGAGAUUUCUCAAAGCCUUAUCAGGCAGCAAGGCUUUGGUGUGGUUAAUGAAACUCAACUUGUUUUUGAAAUCUAAGCAUCUGGUUUAUCACAUAGCUGGUUUGGAUGACCUGUUUUCACUUGAUAACUUAAAUCAUAAUUUGAAAAACAAUUUUAGUAUUUUCUCAGGGCACCAUGUUGUGGAAUUGUUUUUGAAAUAUUUAAAUGUAGCAAAGAAGCAAAAACAUACAAUCAUGUUUACACAGAACCAUAUGGGAAAGUAACACAUAAGUAAGAGCCAAAACAAAUCUAUGUUUGGUUCUGACUUUAAAAUCUCUCAAGUUAAUAUCUAAGCUUAAAAAAAUUCAAGUAUUUCUUUCUACCAACAGGCCCAAUUCAAUAUCAACAUGUUGAGCCACUCACCACAAAACUCCAGGAAUGGUACAUGAUUCACUCGCAGAGCCAUCCACGCUGGGCUUCGUUCAGGCUCCACAGUGGAAAAGCUGCUUCUCUAGAGUAAAGUUUGUAAUGAAGGCUUACACUGCAGAGUCAAGGUGUUACAACCGGUUAAACCUGGGCUUCUCUUCAACCAAUUAAACCUAGGGAUCCGUUAGUACCAAAAGGUGCCACCGAUUCCUUGAGUUUGUUCCCUGCUGGAGUCUGAAGGCAAAGUUCUCCGUGGCUCAUUAAUUCUUGGCUGACUAGUCGGACUGGCUGUGUCUCCUGAGGCGCAGAGGUUUAAUCAGGGUGAAAACAACUAACGUGGUUCCUCAUCAGUUCAGCUCAUUAGCUGUGUUUGAAGGGUUUUAUUAAUUUUUGCAAAGCUCAUUCGACUGGGGAGAUGAGCUUUGUGCUUUUCAGUCAAUUCAACAAAAUGGGACUCAGAUGUCUGUUUUAAACUGCUGGCUUUUUAAAAAUCCUCUCUUGUAAACAAAACUGAUUCAUGCUACUCUUCUCCUUCAUGUCAUCAGAUUACCAAUUCUUAAAGCUGCAGUAUAUAACUUUUACUAAAUGUUUUCCCCUAUUUGAUAAAACUGUCACCAUGUUGUGUGAUAACCAGUGAAAAGAUCCAGCUGCUUUGGAUGCUAUCCACAGAAAUACAUCGCUUGGUCAGAAACAACCAGUCAGAGUAAGGGGGAGGGACUUAGUGCUGCCCAUCACCACAUGUAUGCUGUAUGCUGCUCACACCCUGACACUUGCUCUCUGCUACACUAUAGUUGGCUCAACAUGAAGAAGAAUACUUUUGCAAAGCAUUGUGUAAACAAAUUAGCAUUUUACAACAAUUAAAAAUGACAAAACUUUGGAUCAGGACACACUAUUCAAUACACAACAAUGUCUGUCUGACCCUUCGUCUGCAUUUUUUCCCCAAAUAUUUGCUUUUGCUUUUUGAAUCAUGCUUUUUUUUAUCUAUUUGCUGAAGUUUAGCAUUGCUACGAACCAAAUGUUGCCCAAUUAUCGAUGCUUCUGAUGGUGACUUACUCUGUGUAGGCUGAUGUCACGUACUGUACAACAACA